CAAUCCAUUUUAAAGUGAAGUCGUGAAGAUCUUUAAACCUUUCUCUGUUGCCACAGUCAGAGACAGGAUAGAGUUUGGAUGGACCAUGGGCAAUUUACUUUCUUUUACCCUGAAUGAAUAAACAAGUUGUGAAAAGGUUAUAUGCAAGACCAUGAAUAAUAAUGGAGUAAGCAGACACAAUUUCUCCACGCCUCCCUGAUUCCCUACAGAGGCACCAGAUGAGAAAAGGGCCUUAAGGAGCGAGAGAAGAACCUGAAGCUGGAAGAGAGGAUUCGGGGAGUGGAUUCCAGAAUGAAGGCAAUUCCCCAGAGAGAGCUGGUUGUGUAGGGAGCACUGGAGGGCAGUAUCUGUUACUUAUUUAAGGGUGUUGCAUACAGAUGGCAUUUGAUAGACAAGUGUUGAUUGUGUGAAGCAGCACCUAGAGGUAAGGAAGGACAACAGAAAAUGGGACCUAAGAAAACUGAGGCAAGCUUACUUGGCAAUUUUGCCUCAGAUGGUCCUGCCAGUACAUGAUUGUAUAAUUCUGUGUCAUGUAUUAUGCAUUAUGUAUAUAUCCUGUGGCUGGUCCUGACUGGCCCAGUGCAUUGUAAAAGCCUUAGAAGCAAAACUUUAGCUCCUGUUUUGUUUUUAGUUCUCUUUGGUCUCUGCACCCUACCGGCACUCCACAAAUGUUGCUGACUAACUGACAGCCUGUGCUGGGCAGCUGUCAGCCAGAGGGAGGAAGAAAGCCUCUGAGUCAGCCUAGACUCAGCCAAGAAUUACAGUCAAGUGUAAUUUUCUGCAUAAAUAUUACAGGACGUUCUUAUGCUCAAAAACAAACAAAAACCUGAAGGACACAUUUCGUGGGAAUGAACCUUAGAUAUGCUCUAUUUCAGCAAAGCUGUAAGAAAUAAAGGAAGAUGAAAAUUGAAUCAGUAUCUCCAGGAGUGUAAACAUCUCCCUAGAAAGAGCAAGUCAAUCAAAAAUUCCAGCUGGAGAUUAUUUCUAAAAAUGUCUUUUAUAAAAAGACUUUCAUAAAAGAGGGCCUGUGGUUGGUUUUCAUGGCUGGAGCCAAAAGCUGGUAUAUUUUGUGGGCCUACCAUCCCUGCCAUUUGCUGGUCCAGCUAGGCCCCCGUCUGAUGCCGGACUUAGAUAUCCACUUGACACCAAAAGCUGAUUUCCUCAGGACACCAUUAUUUUAAGUGAUCAGGUUAAAAUAUUUCAGCAUUAUACUAACUUGUUUGUUCUCACAUUAUGCUUUGUGAAUCUAAACUUUUUUGCAUGCAAUCUCUGUGGUAUCAAAGUUUCAUAAUGCACAUUUAAUAGUAAUAACAAAUACAUCUUCUGUGCCAUUUUGUGCCAGUCUCUGCUGAAAGCAUUUUUGAUGGGUUAGUUCAUCUUAUCCUCACAAUAACCUUAAGAGGGAGGUAGUUAUCCUUAGUUUACAAAGGAGAAAAUGAAACCCAGGGAAGUUAAGCAACUUGCCCUAGUCACAGAGGCAAAGAUUUUUAGCGUAUUUACAGAGUUGUGCACCUAUCAACACCGUUGAUUUUAGAACAUUGUCAUCACCCCAACAAGGAGCCUGCACCCGUUAACAGUCACUUCCCACUCCUCCCUCCCUUCAUUCUUAGGUAACCACUAAUCUACUUUCUGUCUCAACAGAUUUGCCCAGUCUGGACAUUUCAAAAAAAAAAAAAAAUCAAGUGAUACAAGAUAGGAUCUUUUGUAACUGGCCUGUUUGGUGGACAUUUGAGUUGUUUAUACUUUUCUGCUAUUAUGAACAAUGCUCCUAUGGUCAUUUAUGUACAAGUUUUUGUGUGAACAUAAAUUUCCCAUUGUUUUCGGUACCUACUUAUGAAUGAAACUGCUGGAUCAUAUGGCAACUCUGUUUAAUCUUUAGAGGGAGGAAUUGCCAGAUGUUUUCCAACACAGCUGUGUCAUUUCACCAGCACUGUGUGAACAUUUAUUAUUAUCUGGCUUUUUGAUUCUAGACAUCCUAUGCCUAUGUCUAGCCAUACCAUGAAGUGAUGUCUCAUUGUGAUUUUGAUUUGCAUUUUCCUCAUGGUUAAUAAUAUUGAACAUCUUUUCAUGUGUUUAUUGGCCAUUCGUUUAUCAUCUUUGGAGAAAUGUCUAUUCAGAUCCUUUGCCCAUUUUUGAUUGGAUUAUUUGUCUUUUAUUAUUGAGUUGUAAGAGCUCUUUAUAUAUUCUAGAUACAAGUCCCUUGGGUGGUAUAAGAUUGGCAAAUAUUUUCUCCCAUUCUGUGGGUUUUCUUUUCAGUUCCUGUUGCUAUUCUUGGAAGCCAGUUUCUUCUUCAUACUUAUCUUCUUUAUUUCCACUAGAAAGAUGCUAUUAUGACAAAUUGAAUUGUGCCUCCCCCAAAUUCAUAUGUUGAAGCCAUAACCUCUAGUACCUCAGAAUGUGACUUUAUUUGGAAAUAGGGUCAAUGGAAAUGUAAUUAGUUAAGAUGAGAUCAUAUUGGAGAUUGAAUCAAGACCCAUGAUUCAAUCUGACUAGUGUCAUAUUAAAAAGGGAAAUGUGGACACAGACAUGCCCACAGGGAGAAUGGCAUGUGAAGACUGGAGUUGCUCUGUCACCAGUCAAAGAACCACCAGAAACUAGAAGAGGGGCCUGGAACAUAUCUUUCCCUGGUGCCUCCAGAGGGAACAUGGACCCACUGACACCUCAAUCUUGGACUUUCAUUCUCCAUAACUUUGAGACAAUAACUUUCUAUUGUUUAAGCACUCAGAUUGUGGUAGUUUUUCAGAGUAGCCCUAGCAAACUAAUACAAAAACCUAAGAUUCAUUUUUUCCAUUUUGGUAGUUACUUUUAGGUCAAAAUUCAAGGUUUUAUACUAUACCAUUUCUAGGUUUGUAAUUCUAGUUAUAUUGAUUAAUCAUGUGAAAAAUUACAUUGAAUUGGGCUCUAUCUCUACUUUUCUUGUAUAAAUGCCUUAGGGUUUUAAAAAAUUAUCAAAAUAUUAUUAAACUGUAUCUGUGUUCAUAAUGUUAAGCAGACAAUUAGGCUGUCUACCUAACAUUUUGGUUGCUUAACCCCCUUUUCCUUUCUGAAUAAGAAAAAUAACUUUGCCCAAGUCCAACUUUCCUCCCCCAUAGGAAAUAAAGAGAAGUGAUCCUAGACUCUGCUUUGUCUAAGAAACCAAUCAUAGUAACCCUAUUUUCAUUUCCAGUAACUGGCUUAGAAAUGUACAAAAUACAGUUUUGGCAAAUGAAUCCUAAGAAGAAUUCUAGUGGGAUAUUUCUGAGAAAAGUUUCCUUGCUCUUAAGAAAGAGACACCAAGGGAAAGUUUCCUUCUUGUCCUCCUGCUGCAGCUACCUUUUUUUUUUUUUUACCAGAAAUCAUUCAGUCUUUCAGAAAACUGCUCGUAGAGUGUACAGAAUGAGAAGUUGGGUUUUGAUGAGGUUAGGGAUCUGUGACUGGAGACCUACUUAUCUCUGGACUUGCUAUGUGAGAUGAUAAAUUUCCUUAUUGCUCAAACUAGUUUAAUUCAGCAUUUCGGUUUUUGUAGCGUCCAAAGCAUCUGAGCUAGGAUAUAGCUGUUCCUUGCUGAUAAUCUUCCACUCCAUUUGGCUGAAUCUUUUUGCUAAUGCCCAAGCUAUUCAAGAACUCUGUUGGAUAAUUGUUCUGCUUUUCUCCAUGCUCUGAACACUUUUAAAUUUGAUAUAACUUCAAACAUCACAAUUGAUGCAGAGCAUGCGUGCUGCAAAUGGAUUGCAGGGGUAAUAAGAUAUUGACUCCUCCAGUCCUUGAGGUGGCUGGGUAGAGUCUAGAGUAGCUGGAAAUCCCGUGGUCAUCUAUGUCCUCUCAGCAAGCACCAUCCUCCAUUUAUGCAAGAGUGCUGAGCAAGUAUCAUUUUUAAAUUUGUACAUUGAAUUAAUGUACUUUUCAUUGUUUAUUCCAAAAUAAUUAGAAAGCAUAUUUAAUAAUGCUAAACUUAAACUUGACAUGGAAUAUCAACAAAUUAAACUGGAAUAUCAAUUAAACAAUUAAUGAAAUAGCCAUCUAGUAGGCUGAAGUUAGCUAUAUCUCUCUUUAUGUCCUAUCCCUUCCACAGAUUAUCGUCCUGGAUCCUAAUUUCCCUGUAGGAAUAAAGAAACAGGCAACUCCUGAGUCUGGUUUAGAACACAGACCACCUGAGUUCCAGUCCUUGUCUGACACUAUACUAUCGGCUUCAGCUCCCCAGGAAUAUGAUUGAAAACAGCAUGUUUGAGGAAGAACCAGAUGUGGUGGAUUUAGCCAAAGAGCCUUGUUUACAUCCUCUAGAGCCUGAUGAGGUGGAAUAUGAGCCCCGGGGUUCACGACUGCUGGUGCGGGGUCUUGGUGAGCAUGAGAUGGAUGAGGACGAAGAGGAUUAUGAGUCGUCUGCAAAGCUGCUGGGCAUGUCCUUCAUGAACAGAAGCUCAGGCCUUCGGAACAGUGCAUCCGGCUACAGGCAGAGCUCAGAUGGCACUUGUUCAGUCCCCUCUGCAAGGACCAUGGUGGUCUGUGCUUUUGUCAUUGUGGUUGCUGUUUCCGUAAUCAUGGUGAUUUAUCUACUGCCCAGAUGUACCUUUACCAAAGAAGGCUGCCAUAAAAAAAACCAAUCAAUGAGACUGAUUCAGCCAUUUGCGACAAAUGGGAAGUUGUUCCCAUGGGCACAGAUCAGGCUUCCCACUGCCAUUAUGCCAGUACGCUAUGAACUUAAUCUCCACCCAAACCUCACCUCGAUGACUUUCAGGGGCUCUGUGACCAUUUCCCUCCAGGCUCUUCAGGCCACAUGGAAUAUUGUUCUUCACAGCACAGGCCAUAAUAUUUCAAGAGUGACCUUUAUGUCAGCAGUUUCAAGCCAAGAAAAACCAGUUGAAGUCCUGGAAUACCCAUUUCAUGAGCAAAUCGCCGUUGUUGCCCCUGAAGCCCUUCUUGAAGGGCACAAUUAUACCUUGAAGAUAGAGUAUUCUGCAAAUAUAUCUAGUUCUUACUAUGGGUUUUAUGGCAUCUCCUACACAGACGAAAGUAAUGAGAAAAAGUACUUUGCAGCAACUCAAUUUGAACCCUUGGCAGCAAGAUCUGCUUUUCCUUGUUUUGAUGAACCAGCAUUUAAAGCCACAUUUAUCAUCAGGAUCAUAAGGGAUGAGCAAUACACUGCUUUAUCAAAUAUGCCUAAGAAGUCGUCAGUCAUUAUGGAAGAUGGACUUGUUCAGGAUGAGUUUUAUGAGAGUGUGAAGAUGAGCACUUACCUGAUUGCUUUCAUUGUGGGCGAGAUGAAGAACGUGAGCCAGGACAUAAAUGGAACCCUGGUUUCUAUAUAUGCUGUCCCAGAGAAGAUUGGUCAAGUUCACCAUGCCUUGGAAACAACUGUGAAGCUUCUUGAGUUUUAUCAAAACUACUUUGAAAUCCAGUACCCACUAAAGAAAUUGGAUUUGGUGGCUAUUCCUGACUUUGAAGCAGGAGCAAUGGAAAAUUGGGGUUUGCUCACCUUCCGAGAAGAGACACUUCUGUAUGAUAAUAGUACUUCUUCAGUGGUGGACAGAAAACUGAUUACUAAAAUCAUCGCUCAUGAGCUGGCCCAUCAGUGGUUUGGUAAUCUGGUAACAAUGCAGUGGUGGAAUGAUGUGUGGCUAAAUGAAGGUUUUGCUACUUUCAUGGAGUAUUUCUCUUUGGAAAAAAUAUUUGAAGAGCUCUCCAGUUAUGAAGAUUUCUUAGAUGCUCGAUUUAAAACCCUGAAGAAAGAUUCCUUGAAUUCAUCUCAUCCAAUAUCAUCAUCAUCUAUUCAGUCUUCAGAACAGAUUGAAGAAAUGUUUGAUUCUCUUUCCUAUUUUAAGGGGGCUUCCCUCUUAUUGAUGCUGAAAACUUACCUGAGUGAAGAUAUAUUUCAACAUGCUAUUAUUCUUUACCUGCAUAAUCAUAGCUAUGCAUCCAUUCACAGUGAUGAUCUGUGGGAUAGUUUUAAUGAGGUCACAAACAAAACACUAGAUGUAAAGAAAAUGAUGAAAACUUGGACCCUGCAGAAAGGAUUUCCUUUAGUGACUGUUCAGAGAAAGGGAAAGGAACUUCUUGUACAACAAGAAAGGUUCUCUUUAAAUAUGAAGCCUGAAAUUCAGCCUUCAGAUGCAAGCUCUCUGUGGCAUAUUCCACUGUCCUAUGUCACUGAUGGAAGGAAUUAUUCAAAAUAUCAAUCGAUAUCAUUACUGGACAAGAAAUCAGGUGUCAUCAAUCUCACAGAAGAAGUGAAGUGGGUCAAGGUCAAUACAGACAUGACUGGCUAUUAUAUUGUACACUAUGCAGAUGACGACUGGGAAGCACUGAUCAAACAGCUGAAAAUAAAUCCUUAUGUCCUGAGUGACAGAGACCGAGCCAGCCUCAUCAAUAACAUCUUUGAACUUGCAGGCCUAGGCAAGGUGCCUCUUCAGAGAGCUUUUGACUUGAUUGAUUAUCUUAGAAAUGAGACCUAUAAUGCACCCAUCACUGAAGCCCUUUUCCAGACGGAACUAAUCUAUAACCUCCUUGAGAAACUGGGGCACAUGGAUCUGGCCUCAAGACUGGUGGCCAAGGUAUUUAAAUUGCUUCAAAGCCAAGUCCAGCAGCAAACUUGGACUGAUGAGGGCACCCCAUCUGCUCGAGAGCUUCGGUCAGUCUUGCUAGACUUUGCUUGCUCCCACGGCCUGGAGAACUGCAGCACUACUGCCAUGAAGCUGUUUAACGAUUGGUUGGCAUCCAAUGGAACCCGAAGUCUACCUACUGAUGUCAUGACAACUGUGUUCAAGGUUGGAGCAAAAACUGAGAGCGGCUGGACGUUCCUCUUAAGCAAGUAUGUCUCUGUAGGCUCUGAAGCAGAGAAGAAUAAAAUACUUGAAGCUCUUGCCAGCUCAGACGAUGUGCGGAAACUUUACUGGUUAAUGAAGGACAGCCUCAGUGGAGACACCAUCCGAACACAAAAGCUGUCAUUUAUCAUCAGAACAGUGGGCCGACGUUUUCCUGGACACUUACUGGCAUGGGAUUUUGUCAAAGAGAACUGGAAUAAGCUUGUACAGAAGUUCCAUCUGGGGUCCUACACCAUACAAAGUAUUGUUGCUGGAUCAACUCACCUGUUUUCAACAGAGGCACAUUUAUCUGAGGUCCAGGCAUUCUUUGAAAAUCAGUCGGAGGCAACCUUUCGACUUCGUUGUGUCCAAGAAGCUUUGGAAGUCAUUCAGUUGAAUAUCCAGUGGAUGGAAAAGAACCUUAAAACUCUGACAGCUUGGCUGUAGCAUGCACACCGGCACCUCACUUUGUCACCCAUUUGGAGAGCUUGUUAACUUGGGCUCUGCUGCUUUUGCAAAAGCCAAGGUGAAGCCAGGAUCGCUGCUGAGUUGUUUGCACUCCUAGGAGUUCUAGUUUGCUCAGGGCCCAUCUGUAUUUUUCAUCUGUCUUUUCUGAAAUGUCUUUGGGCAGUAGGUAGUUACUUAUAACCAAAUUACAUUCACCUCUAUGCCAACCAUCUACAAAAACAAUGGGUAAUUUUUCUACUUUGAAGAUAUUCAAAUGGGGAAAAAAAAUCUGUUUUGGAAUUCUGUUCUAUUCCUCAGUAUCCAGAAAGUACUGACGCCAUGAAAUAAGCAAAGAGCUACCAUGGGAGCCACCAUCUUUGCAGGCUGCUGGUUUGUUGGCCAUUUGCUGCUGCUUGUUGAUAGAGGUCAUUUGAAUGUGGUACAAAGUUAGCUUCAGAAAGUACGGUAAUGAAGUCGAUGAAGCAUGCAACUGAGAACUGAGCUCAGGUGUGCAGAUCUACUUUGAUUUGGGGUUUUGGAUAAUUUAUUUUCUGGAAAAAGUUUAUAACUGUGAUUUUUUUUUGAAGAAUAGCCAGGUGCUACAGAAUUUUUUAAUUUUUGUUGUAUUGAGAAGCUAAAUAACAAGGCCAAAAGAUUAAACUUUCCAAAUAUUUAACACUUUCAUCUUUCAGAAAAGUAUUUCAAACUGAAUUAGCAUUAAUUAUAAUUAUUUUAUUCACAAAUUCCAGUAUUCUCCAAAUCUGUACACCUUUCUCACUCCCUGCCAUGGACAUACCUUAUGUUAUAAAUAAGUAUUCUACAUUUAUGGCAAGCAUUUUUUUUUUAAUACUGGUAUCUCUUAUCAUGACUUUAUUACUAAGGAUAUAAUUUGUUUAAGUUGCCUUUUGGCAUGAUAGAUCAUAGACAUGUUCUCUGAAUCAUAACCAUGGGUGGAUUUUCAUUUUAUAUGAUAGAGUUGCAUAUUAUAAGCAUAUUUUAAAAUAGAGCCUUUGAGAAAUUGAACAUUUUUAUUUGAAGUUCACCAUAGUACCUUAAAGGAAUAAAGAGAAUGUGGGUAAGAGUAAUUUGAUUCAGGUUUAAUAUGGUGGGCUUUGAAUCUUUUCUGCUGUCAAAAACAGUACUUUUCUUUAGUUGAAAAACAUCGAAGUUUUCUUUUGUCAUGGCCAAACUAACAGCUUAUAAGGAAUGGCCAGAGAAAGAAAGGAAUAAAUAAAGAGGGAAGUAUCCAAAACUGUAUGGCAAUUUUAUUCCUUCUAAAGGAGAAAUACUGUACUUGAAUUUUUUGAGCUAUGCAGAUUUAUACCUAGAUUGUCAUAUUUCAUUGGUUCUUAGGAGAAAAGCUUUCUUCCUAAUAAUUCUUGUGCUGUGUAUUUUGCUUGAAAACAUCUACAUACAUACAAAGGGCAUUUACCCAUUUUUGAGAACUCAAAACACUCCACAGAAUCAGACAGUGGCAAAGGUCACCUUUAUUUUAUUCAGCAGGUGUAAAGUGAGACUAUAUGGGGAUUGUGUAUAAAAUUAUAUUUUAUUUUAUGAAAAUAUUUUUAUACAACAAAAUUUAAAAGACUGGCAAUAGAAGCUAAAAGAUAGCUUUCUUUAAUCCUAGUGUGUUUCCCCCCGAUUUAGUGCUUUCUAAAUAACAUUUAUUUCUCUGUUUUAGAGUAGAAAAUAUUAUCUGAGAAUCACAGAAUCAUCUGAAGGUGUUCUCUUGAAACUGGGAUGAGUGUAGGUCUUUAUUCCUCUUGUGCUUCAGUAAAUGAAUAAUUCAGUGGAUAUUUGAAAGUCAGUGUGUUUUUAUAUUUUUAGAGUGGGGAAAAAUACUAAAGGGGUUUUGAGGGGGGUUUUUUUGUUGCUGGUUUUUUUUAUCAUGUUAUAUUACUGAAGUCCACUUUGAUACAGAGUUUAAAUUUUGCUACUUGUCCAAAUCAAUUAAGAUGCUUCAGUUUUACCUGCCCAUCUUUACAUCGCUCCUGAAAGGUAUGUUAACGCUGUAUAUGGCAAAUCUUAUCUUGAAUUAUAUCAUUUUUUUCCUGUGAAUGUGUGUGUGUUGUGGGGGGGAGUGAUAUAAUUAAAACCUUAUCAAAACAUGGGCUAAAAAAGAGCUAA